AUGAAUAUUUAUGUCCUUACAUCUAAUUUCAAACUAUUGAAGCUUCCAAAUGUGUUGGGCGCGUUCUUAGGAGCUGUUCAAAUUAUUCUCUACAUAAUCUUCAAGUACUACAAAACUCCGGUGGCUGAAGAGACAGAGAAAUCCAAAACGAUGUCUGACCAUGCCAUUGACAUGACAAAGCUGACCACUGUUAUGCCCAGUCCAGUUUCGUAUACAGCGGUUCUUCUACCGCCUACUAUUCCCGAUGUUCCCGAGACUCAGAUUCAAGUGACCAAGGUCAAGAACCACAAUAUUACUGGUUUGAAAGAUCAGAACAACAAGGAUGUCGAAAACCAAAACAAACUUUAAGUGGUGAUUCUUAUUUAGACAUUAAUAAUAGUGCAUUGUUUGAGUUGUGCACUCUAGCUAACUUUUUUUUCCUUUUCUAUUUUUGUAUUUUGUUGUUUCGCUUCUUUAUCGAAGUCUCUUGUACCUCUUUCAUUCCAUCAUUUUCUUUCCAGAUAUCUGGAAAUUGUGCUAUGAUCAAUAAAACUC